AUGCUGGGCCCGGCGGCGCGGAUGGCGCUGGGGGCCGGGGAGCUGCCGGGCCGGCUGCUGGCGCUGGGGGCCGGGGAGCUGCCGGGCCGGCUGCUGGCGCUGCUCUGGCCGGCGCUGGUGCUGGCGGCUGCCGCGGCCGCGCUGCUCGUCCUGCGGGGGCUGCGGGACCGAGGGGAGGAGGAGGAGGAGGAGGAUGGCCCCGCGGGGGCCGGCGGCCGGGCGGCCGGGGCGCUGCCGGCGCGGCAGCCGGAGGAACAAAGGCGCACGGCGCAGGUUCCAGUGAAUGGCCAUCUUAUCACAUCAGUCAACAUCAGAGAAAAAAAGCUCCUCAAGCCUAAGAAGAAGAGGAAAACCCAGUGCUCAGACAAAGAGGUGCCAAAAGAUCUGCUUUCUGUGGAAAAAGACAAACUCCAAGAGGAAGAAGGAAUUUGGCAGACCAAGAUCAGCAGCCGUGAAAAGAGACACUUAAGGAAGGAAAGGCUGAAACAAAAAGAUCCCAGCAGAGCAUCCCUGGGCAGCUCGGUGGUUGAGCCAGCCUUUGACUGGGAUGAGAAGGGAGCGGUGUGGCCACUCACAGAGGACACCAGUGCUGGUGGAAAAGGUGCUUUCUUUGCCAAGGCAGAGCUGAAGGGCUCAGGAGCCCCACGGGAAGAAUCAGCACCGUCCAGAGCAGAAGAUGAUGUUUUCUCCAAUGUAGGAACAUGGGAUAUUGCAGAUGUAAAAUCCUGUCCUGUGACCUUCGGGACACUGUCAGAUCUCUCCAGGGAUUUAGAUAAUGUGAAGAGCAAAUCAUCUGAGGACAGUCCUUCCAGAUGUUGGCAUGGCAGCUCGGCUUUCCUCCCAGCAGAUGAUGCGUGGCAGGGGCAGGGUGACCCUUCAGUGAUUGACCUGGACUCUGACUGGAAGGCUCCCACAGAGGAGUGGGGAAACUGGACUGGAGAUGAGGAGCAUCAGGCAAGGGAUGAGAAGAAGGAUUUGCCAAAAGGCAAAGCAAGCAUUCGUUUCUGCCUUUCUGGACCCGAAAGCAAAACACAACGGAAGAAGAAGAAAAUGGAAGCGAAGGAAGCAAAUGCUGGAGCUGGACUGAGGCAUCUCCAGCAAGGUUUGCAAACAAGAAUGGAAGAAGGCCCCAGGGACUUAAGAUCUACAAAACAUAGCAGUGAUGCAGUUGAUGCUUCCUUCGAAAAAUCCUUGGACAUUGUUAAUAGUUCAGCCAAUAAUGGUGUACCUGGCAAAAAGGAGAGGAGGAAGAGGAAGAAAAUGAAGAAAGAGACUUGAGGGAGCUCUGUAGCUGCCAGAGUGCCAACCCGAUGGGGCAGACAUGCCAAUGAGCUGCAAGGAUUCUGCUUUCUGCCAUGCUGCCGAGCCCCAGGCAAAGAGAGGCUCCAGGAGACCUCCCAGCAAGAGGAAGAGAAGAGGAGCAGUGAGCCAGAGAGCGUGAGUGUGUGAGAGCAGAGAGAGGGAGCAGGCUGUGCACAGGAGGUGCUUUUGAAACAGAGGGGCUGUUCAUUGCAAGCUGCUGCCCUUGAUCAAAAGCUGUUGAAUGGGGUUUGACUGGUUGCAUUAAGUCCUUUCAGUUUUUUGCUGUCACGUUGUUUGUCAACUUGUAGUGUUCUAUGCCAUUGUAGAAAUAGUUGGGCUGUACCUGGCUGUGAUUGUACUUUGGUCCCAUGGAGGAUCCACCAGCUAGUCUGGUCUCCUCUGGCAUUUCUUCAGAGGUGCUCAUCGACAGGCUAGUAAUGUACAGAAGGAAGCACUGUUCAGGAACACAGGGAGAAUAACAUGGGUCACUCUCCAGCCUCCUAACUCUUUUAACCUUGGUAGCUGCUAUUGUCAAACUUUUGUCUUUUACCUUGCCAUAUUUAUAUUUUUAACCCCACAUCAGACUAGUUUGCUCCUCAAGGAACAUUUAUAAAGGAGGUUUUUAACUUGCUUGGAAAGAUGGUCUAAACCCAUUUUUCUCCCUGGAUUUCAUGGUGGGCUAAAGUUUAAAGUCUGUAUGUCCAAAGCAUGUUGCAUUUGUACUUAUAGUAGACUGAGGUAAUUUUAAAAUGAAUUUUUCUUAAUCUGAUGUUUGGAAGUUUUUUAUCAUUUUGUCACUUGAAUAUUCUAAUAUAAACUAAAUUUGUGAAUGAAGUUUUUAAGUCAGUUUAGUAUUUAUUGAAGGAUGUGUAUUUCUCUUUGUCAGAGGGCUCAUAGUAUGGAGGAGAGAACAUGUUACAAUAGAAUACUGUGGAUUAUAGACAGUGCUGAAGUGGCACCACUAAAAGCAGAAGCCCUAAAAGCAGAAGGGGUCUUCAGACGGUCCUGAGACUGUGCCUGACCCAUCCCAGAAGUGCUGCCUCAAAGGAUGAGAUAGUGUUUCUCAAAUCUCCAUCUGCAUUUGUUUCUGUGCCUUUGGAGAUGGUGGGGGACAGUCACUAACGCAUGUUAAACGUGUGCACAUCUGUAGGCUUUGGGCUGAUGUUGUGAAACUCUUUUCACUAGGACAGUGAAUAACCAGGGAUGUCUGUGGCUUUACACUGCCACAGCUGCAUCACUGCUGUUUGCAUCACAGAGCCAGAGGAGAGCUCUGUGCUUCUGCCAUUGCAUCCCUGACCCUGAUCCCAGCUUGUCUAAGCUUUACCUGCAGCUCAACACUUUUCCCUGAUAGCCUUCAUCUGUUGCAUAGCUGUCAAAUCAGCUGUACCCUUCAGAGAAGCAAUUAGCUGCAGCAAUGUAUUUGUGUUUGGAGUUUAGCUACUAUAUGUUGAAGGGCAGUUUUCUUGUGCUGUGAUUUUUGGGGUAGUUAGCUGUACUGUGUGCCCUGAAAUUUAGCACAGUAGGGUUGUUUCAGACAGGCAGGGGAGGGGUAAUCUUAACUGAUGCCACUUAGCAGCCCACUGUCUAGGAUCUACACAUCUUGGUGUUUGUGUCUCAGUGUAGGUGAAAUAUUGGCAGUUUAUGAAUGAACAGACCAAAGAGCUUUUAUCAGGAAAGUAACUGGUUUGGGAUAGAUGCAUAACAAGAAAAUACAUGGCCUCGCUGGAGGAACAGGUACAGCAAGUUCAAGGAUUUAGAUGUGCUAAUGAGUAUGUGGGUAAUGAACAAAGCUCUGCUAUCUCUGAAGCCAAUGGAAAAUAUUCAUUGACCUCAUUGGGGCCAGGAUGUUGCCCAUGGCCUUUGCUUAGCAUUGGAGGUAACCUUUGUCAUCCAAAAAAGAAAGAAAGAAAAAAAAAAGAGAUAAAGAGAUGCUCACAUGAUUGGUGGACUACAGAUUUCUUCUACUUUUUUCUCUAUAUCUGCUUGUAAACUUUUUGAUGUCUUUGUAAUUAUGCUUUAUUUCAACAUUUUUCAGUAUUUCAAAUGUCACUGUUUUUAUAAUAAAAAAUUAAAACUUUUGCCCAAAGUCCAA